AUGAUUGCUUUCGUUAUUUUUUCUUUCUUUCUUCUGCAUACUCUCUUCCCUGAUUUCUUUCUUUCUUUCUUUCUUUCUUUCUUUCUUUCUUUCUUUCUUUCUUUCUUUCUUUCUCAUAGCAUCUUCCAUGAUUUCAUAACUUCUACCUGUCUACCUUUUUUAUUUCCAUUUUUUUCUUUCUUUCUUUCUUUCUUUCUUUCUUUCUUUCUUUCUUUCUUUCUUUCUUUCUUUCUUAUAUUCUCUUCCAUGAUUGCUUUCGUUAUUUUUUCUUUCUUUCUUUGGCAUACUCUCUUACCUGAUUUCUUUCUUUCUUUUUUCUUCUUUCUUUCUUUUUAUUUCCCCGUUCUUCAUUUUUUUCUAUUCAUAACUUCUAACUGUCUACCUCUUUUAUUUCCAUUUUCUUUCUUUCUUUCUUUCUUUCUUUCUUUCUUUCUUUCUUUCUUUCACAAGUCUUGUCAUAUUUUAAUUGACGCCUGUGUUUUUCAGCAUUUCACUUUUCUUUUUAGUCUUCUUUAUUUACUUUUCCGCCUCUCUUUCACCAUACUUACAUUCAUUCUUCCAUUCACUCAUCAUCCUAUAACUGUUGAAUUGAAUUUCUCCAUCUCUCUUUUUUUUUUUCGCUUCACUUUAUCCCGCCCUUUCCUUUUUCUCUCCAUUCUUCUUCCACCAUAUCCUUUAUUCUUUCUUCGCAAUGUUCUAUUGAUCGAAGUCCGAGGUAUCAACGAGGCUUCCAGGCUCUUUCCUCGCCACUUCCACAACCUCAAACUCUGUUGCGUCUCCACUGUUUAUUUCGACUGGCGCGUCUCUCUCUCUCCCUCCUCCUCACUUCCCCUACCACCCUCCCCACCGAUUGUAGUUAUUAUGACAAGGUCUUUUUCUUCUUAUUAUACAUUGAUUCUUUGGGACCAGUUUCCUUGUCUUUUUGUCUUUAUCCCAAUCUUUCUUGUCUUGCUGUACCCUCUGGCCUUCUUUCUUCUAUCUUUCUUUUUCUAUUAUAAGACAAGGUGUUCUUCUUAUUAUACAUUGAUUCUUUGGGACCAGUUUCUUUACAAUUCUUUCUUGUUCUUUCUUUUUCCCUUUCUUACAUUGAUUCUUUGGGAUUCCAAUUUCCUUGUCUUUUUUUGUCUUUAUCCCAUUCCGUCUUUCUUUCUUUUCAGAUUCUUCUUUCCUGGCUUUCUUUCUUUUUAUCUUGAAUUUCUAAGACAAGGUACUUUCUUUCUUUCUUUCUUUAUUAUUCAUUCAUUUGAUUCUUUAUAUAUUCUCUAUCCAAUCGAUUCUUUCUUUUUUAUUUCUUUCUUUCUUUCUUUCUUUCUAUCUGAAUUUCUAAUUUUAAGGUGUUAUUCUUAUUAUUCUUUCUUUGAUUCUUUUUGGGACCAAUUCCGUCUUUCUUUUUUUUUGUCUUUUUUUUCCCUUUCUUUUCAGAUUCUUUAUAUAUUCUCCUCUCGAUUCUUUCUUUUCCUUGUCUUUUUUUCUAAGACAAGGUGUUCUUACUAUUAUACUUUGAUUCUUUCUUUCUUUUUUUUCUUCAUUUUUUAUUCUUUAUUUAUUCCCAAAUUCUUUCUUUCCUUGUGUUCUUCUUUUCCUUGUCAUUUUUUCUUUGGGAUCAGUUUCCCUUGUCUUUUUUGUCUUUUUUAUUUCUUUCUUUCUUUCUUUCUUGCUUUCUUUCUUCAUUCUUUUAUUCUUUAUAUAUUCUUUAUAAGACAAGAUUCUUUCUUUUCCUUGUCUUUUUUGAUGAUCAAUUCCGUCUUUUUUGGGGACUUUUUUUCUUUCUUUCUUUCUUUUUUCUUUAUCCCAUUCUUUAGAUUCUCUAUCCAAUCGAUUCUUUUUUUUCCUUGUUUUUUAUCUCAAUUUUCUUUAAGACUUUUUUGUUCUUUCUUUCUUUAUUAUUCAUUGAUUCUUUGGGAUUCUCUAUCAAUAUUCUUGUUUUUUGUCUUUUUUCCCAAUGUUUCAGAUGCUUUUUUUUCUUUCUUUCUUUUUCUUUUUUCUUUUCCCAAUUCAUUUUCAGAUGCAAUUCUCUCUGGCCUUCUUUCUUUUCUGAAUUUCUUUCAAGGUAUUCUUUUAUUAUACAUUGAUUCUUUGGGACCAAUCUUUCUUUCUUUCUUUCUUUCUUUCUUUCUUUCUGAAUUUCUAAGACAAGGUUUUCUUCUUUUAUAUAUUGAUUCUUUCGAUUCUUUCUUUUCCUUGUCUUUUUUGUCUCAAUCCGUCUUGUUUUUCUUGCUCUUUCUUUCUUUCUUUUCUUCAUUCAUUUUUUUCUUUAUAUAUUCUCUAUCCAAGGUGAUUCUUUUUUUUCCUUGUCUUUUUUGGGAUCAAUUUUCUUUCUUUUUUUUUUUCCCUUUCUUUCUUUCUUUCUUUUCUUUCUUCAUUCAUUUUAUUCUUUCUAUAUUCUCUAUCAAGAUUCUUUUUUUUCCUUGUCUUUUUACAAUUCUUUUUUUUUCCUUGUCUUUUUUGAUCAAUUUUUCCUUUUCUUUUUUGUCUUUUUUUCUUUCUUUCUUUCUUUCUUUCUUUCUUUCUGAAUUUUAUUCUUUAUAUAUUCUCUAUCAAUCGAUUCUUUCUUUUCCUUGUCUUUUUUUUGAUCAAUUCCGUCUUUCUUUUUUUCUUUCUUUCUUUCUUUCUUUCUUUCUUUUUCUUUCUUCAUUCAUUUUAUUCUUUCUAUAUUUAUCCCAUCGAUUCUUUUUUUUAUUCUCUAUCCAAGUGAUUCUUUUAUUUUCCAUUGAUUUUUGUGAUCAAUUUCUUUCUUUUUUUCUUUCUUUCUUUCUUUCUUUCAGAUUUCUUUCUUCAUUCAUUUUUAUUCUUUAUAUAUUCUCUAGACAAGAUUCUUUCUUUUCCUUGAUUUUUUGGGAUCAGUUUUGUCUUUUUUUCUUUUCUUUCUUUUUCUUUCUUUCUUUCUUCAUUCUUUUUUUAUUCUUUUAUAUUUCUCUAUCAAUCGAUUCUUUCUUUUCCUUGAUUUUUUGUGAUCCAUUUUCCUUUUUCUUUUUGUCUUUUUUUCUUUUCUCCCUUUGUUUUUCUUUCUUUCUUUCUUUCUUCAUUCAUUUUUAUUCUUUGAUAUUUCUAAGACAAAGAUUCAUUUUAUUCUUUAUAUAUUCUCUUUCGAUUCUUUCUUUUUCCUUUCUUUUAAGACAAGGUCUUUCUUUCUUUUCUUUCUUUCUUUCUUUCUUUCUUUCUUUCAUUCAUUUUAUUGUUUAUAUAUCUUUAUCCAAUCGAUUCUUUCUUUUCCUUGUCUUUUUUGAUCAAUUUUGUCUUUUUUUUUAUUUGAAUUUCUUUCUUUCUUUUUUUCUAUCAAUUUUCUUUUUUUUGAUUCUUUUUUGGGAUCAAUUUCCUUUUUUUUUUUCUUUUUUUUAUCCCAAUGUUUCAUUCAUUUUAUUCUUUAUAUAUUCUCUUCUCGAUUCUUUUUUUCCUUGUCUUUUUUAUGAUCAAUUCCGUCUUUCUUUCUUUUUUCUUUCUUUCUUUCUUUCUUUUCUUAUUCAUUUAUUAUUUGGGACCAGUUUCCUUUUUUUUGUUUUUUUUAUCCCAAUGUUUCUUUCUUUCUUUUUUUUCUUUCUUUCUUUCUUUCUUUCUUUCUUCAUUCAUUUUUAUUCUUUUAUAUUCUCUAUCCAAUCGAUUCUUUUUUUCCUUGAUUCUUUUUGGGAUCAAAUGCUGUCAAUUCUUUCUUUCUUUUUUUUCUUUCUUUCUUUCUUUCUUUCUUUCUUCAUUCAUUUUAUUCUUUAUAUAUUCUCUAUCCAAUCGAUUCUUUCUUUUCCUUGUCUUUUUGUGAUCAAUUCCGUCUUUCUUUCUUUCUUUCUUUCUUUCUUUCUUUCUUUCUUUCUUCAUUCAUUUUAUUCUUUAUAUAUUCUCUAUCCAAUCGAUUCUUUCUUUUCCUUGUCUUUUUGUGAUCAAUUCCGUCUUUCUUUUCUUUUUUCUUCCUUUCUUUCUUUCUUUCUUCAUUCAUUUUAUUCUUUAUAUAUUCUCUAUCAAUCGAUUCUUUUUUUUCAUUGUCUUUUUGGGAUCAAUUCCUUGUUUUUUUGUUUUUUUUCCCUUUCUUUCAGAUCUUUCUUCAUUCAUUUUAUUCUUUAUAUAUUUCUAUCAAUCGAAUUUCUUUUCCUUGUUUUUCUUCAACGUCUUUCUUUCUUUCUUUCUUUCUUUCUUUUCUUUCUUUUUUCAGUUUUUUUAUCAAUUCUUCUUUUUUCUUUCUUUUUUGAUUUUUUGGGACCAGUUCAUUCAUUUUAUUCUUUUUAUAUUCUUUAUCCAAUCGUUUCUUUCUUUUCCUUACUUUCUUUGUUCUUUCUUUAUUCAUUCAUUGAUUCUUUAUAUAUUCUCUAUCAAUUUCUUUCUUUUUCCUUGUUUUUGAUCUUUAUCCCUUUUUUCUUUCUUUUCUUUCUUUCUUUCUUUCUUCAUUCAUUUUUUCUUUAUAUAUUUCUAAGACAAGGUGUUCUUUAUUAUCAAUUGUCUUUCUUUCUUUCUUUUUUUUCUUUCUUUCUUUCUUUCUUCAUUUUUUAUUCUUUAUUUAUCCCAAUCGAUUCUUUCUUUUCCUUGUCUUUUUGUGAUCAAUUCCUUCUUUCUUUCUGA